AUGUCAAAAUCAACUAUGUAGGACACUAAAAUCUCAUAUGAUGCUCCUCCUUUGGAUUUUUCCAAUCUGAAUAUCAAAUCUUUGGCUGAUUUAAAACAUGCUGUGCCCAAGCAAGGCAAACGUAAGUAGGCCCCAAUAGAUGAACAGAAGGAAGAUAAAAAGAAGGAGAAGCAGCAAUAACAGCAAUAAGAAAAUGAGAAUAUUCAAGUGCAACAGAACCAACAGCAGGAACAAGAAGACGAAGAUAAGUUAGAAGGGGACGAGAAAGAGAGAGAGAAGCGGGAGUUGCAGAGAUAGAAGGACGAGAAAUUGACACCAGUAAUUGUUCGUACAAUUGGAUAACCUGUCUAAUAAUCGACCAAUGUAUACAAGCCAACAAUUGAUGAAAAAAAAUAAACAAAGAAGCAAUUUUAAGUACAAUUAAUUCAAUGUUCUUUGAUCCUAAGUUACAAUAAAUUGACAUCCUUGCAUAACUUUUACAAUAUCAUUGAUCAAAUCAUGAUUAAUUGUAAACAGUUGCAGUGGAUUGAUCUAUCGCACAAUAUGAUUGAAAGUCUGGACUAUAAUUUUGCUGAAUUGCCAAAUGUAAAAGCAUUGUACUUGCAUGCAAACAAAUUGAAGGACAUUAUGGAAUUCGAUAAAUUGCAGUGUUUGACAGAAUUGAGGACUUUGACUGUUCAUGGAAAUCCCUUUGAUGCCAUUCCAAAUUUUAGAUUGUAUGUAAUUGGAUUGUUGCCUACCUUGAAAAAAUUGGAUAGUGUGUUGAUAUCUAAAAAGGAAUUAGACAAUGCCAAUAAUGAUUAAACCACCUAUAAUUAAAAUAUGAAACUUAAUCUCGAAAUUUUAAAUUACGAUAAUCCACUAUCUAACUUCUUAGUUAAAAUCAAGUACGGCACUCAAGUUCAUUAAACUGCUGUAGGAAACAAUUGGAAUCAGAAGUUCACUCUUGAAGUCAAGAAGACUGUCGAUUUAAAAGUGGAAGUAUGGUAGAAAGAUGAGGAAUUUCAUUUGAUAGGAGAAUCCAUAGUUCCAAAAUUAGUAUAGAUCCAUCAUCUUGACAUUGUAGGACAGGGCAAAAAGGAGGGAGUUCUAGUUGUGGAAUACAAGGAAGUAGAGCUUCAGAAUCCUAAAGUCAAUCAGAAAUUAGAGAAGCCUUAAUUUUUAAUCAAGAGAUUGAAUGAAUCCUUGAACACAGAAGUUCAAUAACCCUAUGGAAAUAUCUAAGAGUAUUUCGCAUAAUAAUUUGAGAAUCACGAGUUGAGUCAUCAAUCGAAAUCAACAGCUUCAAAUUUAAUAAUGGAAUCAUUAGAAAGGACCAUGAAAGGACUAUAGAUCAAUGGGAAUCAAUAUCAUUUUGAUGAUUAUGAUUAAAAGAACGUUAUUGAGCAGACUAAAAUUAAAGCACUUUAGAAAGAACUUAUUAAAAAGGAUCUGUAAAAAUAUGAAAAGAGCAGAAGAGAGGUGAAUUUAUAAAUACUUGAUUUGGAUGAUAUGGAUUUAAGAUUUGAAUAAUAAGAACAGAAACAAUAGAUUUUGGCUUUGAGAAAAGAACUAGUAUAAAAGUUACUGUAUAUUGAAGAAAAAAUUGAACAUUUAAAAAGACAUUUGAAAUUGGAUUAGUUGAAUAAACAUGCAUCAUAACCUAUUAUGAACAGUAUGGCAGAAUUGAGUUAGAUUAGUAUGUAUAGAGAACCAAUUGUUAAGUCUGAAGUGGAUCCUUUGAAGGAAUAACAGAGACAAGAAUUUAUUAAGAAAUAGAUGAAAGAAUGGAACGAAUUAUAGGAGUAGAGAUUAAAGCAGAUUGAAAUUCAAAAAGAAAAAAUAUAAAAGACUGAAGACAAAAUAAGAAAGUAAUAAGUACUCAUUUAGGAGGCGAAGACCAAGGAAAAAAGAGAGGAGAUAGAAUAAAGAUUGAAUAAGUUGAAGGAGAAAUAGAAACAAAGAGAAUAAGACUUAUAAGAAUAAAACAAGAGGUACUUGGAAAAGAAGAAAUAGCAUCAUCUCGCUGAGAAGUAUGCCCAAUAGGAUGCUGCAUAUAUGAUGUCGUUGUAAGAUGAGAGGAAAAAUAAAUUGAAAGAGAUGAGGAAUCCUGAAUUUAAUAUUUAAGAGAUUAUGCAAUUUGAUAAAAAGAUUAAGGAACUUAGAAAAGAGAAAGCAGCAGUCAGGCAAAAAGAGUGGGAUGAACGGGAAAAGCAGUGGAAUAAGUUUUAGGCACAAUAUUAUUCAGAGAGUUAUAAGAGGGCAAGACAGUACUAUAAAGAAUAAGAUUUAAAAGUGGAUGAAUCUAAAAUUAAGGCUUAGGAACGACUCAAUCUCCUUAGAUCUUAUGAUAAUGAGGUGAAAUAGAGAUAUCAACCUCAUGUUUCUUAAGAAAAGAGAUCAGAAAUUGAGGAAAACAUCAGAAAACUCAAAUAUGAACCAGAUUUUAAGAAAUACAGGGAAUUAUCUGAGAAGGUUAAAGAAAAACACAUAUAUUUUGGAGUAGAACAGAAGGAUUAAUCAGGAAAUAAGAAGGUGAAACUAAAACCGUUAGAAAACAUCCCUACUCCUAUAUCACCUAAACGCAUAGGGGAUUUCUAUUUAAGAGAACAUGCGACUUACAACAAGAAGCACAUUCCACCUAUACCGAGACCCCCAGAACCACCUAAAUCAAGCUAAUCAGAAUAGAAAUUAGUUAUUAAAGAUUAUUUGAAAGAGCAGAGGAUCAAAAAGUAGUUGAUAGAAUAAUAAUCAGUGAAAAAAAUGAACUAAACUUCAGGAUUGGAAAAUGAUGAUUAGAAGAUGAUUAUGCAAAUUAAAAAGUAAUUGGAAAAAUUGGAUCACAUUUGAGAUUGUUAAUUAUUAUUAUUCUCAUAAAGUUAUAAAUUAUUAAAUUACUUUUUUAA